GUAGCGAGAUGAGUUCCUGUUUGAACCACAUGAUGGGAAACUGAAAGCAGCCCUCGCUCCUUGAGUUUCGCUCAGAAAAGUACAAUAAUCCAAUAUGUGGUCGAAACGAUGGAGUUAAAAACAAAGUAACAGAAGCGGCCGAAGCACCAGGUCUGAGUAGGACUCCAUCAAGUCGAAGGAGCCGCAACAGAAAUGGCAAAUCUGAACUGGAAGCCGUUCGUCUUUGGGGGGAUGGCCUCAAUUGUCGCAGAAUUCGGUACUUUCCCCAUCGAUCUUACAAAAACACGGCUUCAGGUUCAAGGGCAGACCCACUGUAUGGAGGUCCGCUAUAGGGGGAUGUUCCACGCUUUGUUCAGGAUCGGCCAGGAAGAGGGAAUCCGGGCGUUAUACUCUGGGAUAUCACCUGCGCUCCUCCGGCAGGCUUCCUACGGGACGAUCAAGAUCGGUACAUACAACACGCUAAAGAAGCUGUUUGUCAGCCACCCUGAAGAAGAGACUAUGGUGAUAAAUGUGUUCUGUGGGGUGGUGUCUGGAGUUCUGUCCUCGUCUUUGGCAAAUCCCACUGAUGUGCUGAAGAUUCGCAUGCAGGCUCAAGGCAGUCUGUUACAGGGCAGUAUGAUGGCCAACUUCAUCAACAUUUACCAGACAGAGGGCACACGAGGAUUGUGGAGGGGUGUCAUUCCUACAGCUCAAAGGGCGGCCAUUGUGGUGGGUGUGGAGCUACCUGUCUAUGACAUCUCCAAGAAGCACUUGAUUCAUUCUGGCAUCAUGGGAGACACUGUGUUGACACAUUUCAUUUCCAGUUUCACGUGUGGUCUCGCAGGGGCACUGGCCUCCAACCCAGUGGAUGUGGUAAGGACACGUAUGAUGAAUCAGCGUGUUGUCGCAGGUAAUACGCUGUAUAAAGGCACCUUAGACGGACUCAUGCAGACCUGGAAAAAUGAGGGCUUCUUUGCCCUCUACAAAGGUUUCUGGCCCAACUGGCUGCGUCUGGGGCCCUGGAACAUCAUUUUCUUCAUGACUUUUGAACAGCUGAAGAAACUUUCAUUGUAGCGGAAAGUCUGGGACGCUUCGCUGGACUGUGUGUCUGUGUGUGCGAGACUUCUGUCCUUUAGUGUCCAUCAUCUCUUCUCCAUCACUCGCCCACGAGUAUGUUUAUUUAAGAAUUUGUGUACAUGCUUGAUGUAUUUUAAGACACCCCUUUUGCACCCAAUGGUUUAUUUUUCACUCUUGGCAGCUUUUGGCUGCUCCGUGUUAGGGAAAGUAAUAUGUGCUUAGAGGUAAACUGGAAACCACAGGCCUAAUAUUCUGAAAUUGGCCUGGGGGACUGGCAUCUGUUUUUGUGUAGUACUGAAAGUUACUGAAGACUCACUGCUAGGUGGCGACGUAGAGCAAUAGGUUAGUGCUAAACUGAAUGCUGUAAAAAGGAGAAGCUGUUUCAUGAAAUAUUUUUGGGAAAUACACUCCAAGUUAGACGUAAAGGUGCUUAAAUUAUAAAGAUAUUUAUUGGCAUUAGCUUCAGUAAGAACAAUGCCUUUUUGCUUUUUCCUAAACUACAGAUACGAUAGUAAUGAUGCGUUUCAAAUCUGCAGGGUAAGUGAAUAACAAGGGAACUAUACAGUAGGUGAUGUGAGAUCAUUAUUUAUAAACUUAAGCAGAACAAAUUUGUGUGUAAUUUUUUUUUAAACAAUCAAAUUGAAUUUAAAUCGAAAAUGUUUGCAAAAUGGUUUAAUGAAUGUUUCAGUGCUGCCUGUGUUUCAUGAAUAAGGCCCGAUGAGCGCUUUACCUCUGAAAUACAUUUAAGAAUUGGUCAAGAGUUUAGUUCAUUUUAAUGCGCACACAACUAAAAGCACCUGUGAUAUUGCACAUAAGAUAUUUACAACGUUCACGUUUUAUUUUCUUCUGCAGUAUCAUUAUUGCCAUGUGCACGUAUGUAGAGCGAGUGUUAAUGUUUGUGUGUGUUUGUGUUCUAAGAAGCACAUGCAAACUGUCAAUUAUUUUGACGGGCAUCAAAUUGUGUAAAUACUGCAACUGUACAAAAGACAGUAAAAGAUUUUGAUUGUUUUCAGUUUGUGGGGAAAGUUGAAUUGCCAAAGUGUUAAUGUAUUUAACCAAUACUGCACUGUUGUUUUUGCUCAGUUCUCAAAAUGUGACAAACUAUUAUUGGGGAAGUACGGUUACAUAUUUAUCACUGUUUGAUAUAAUGCCUUUUUCUUGCUUUUAUAUGUCUUUGCCUGGUUUGUUUCUUCCUCCUGAUGUGCUAGCCAAACAUGAAUUUUAUUUCAGGUAUAAUUUACAGUACUCUGUUGUUCAUAACCUUUAACAUGAUCAUAAGCAAAUUGUACAGUAAACAAAGCAAGCGUUCUUGGGUUUGCUUGCAUUAUAUUGGCAAACUUUUAUAUGACUGGAAUGGGUUCAGUUUAAAAGGUUUAAUAGAUGUAAUGCCAGGGUUCUUUGGGAGUUUCUCUGUUUGGGAGAACUGCCUUUCUUAAAGUGUAGCUUUUUGCUAGAUUGGUGACUAUGGCAUGAUGCAUGAUGUAUUCCUAUCUGGAAGACUUCUUCAAUCCAUGUUUGUGUAAGACCAGGAACCACAUUAACCCAUGUGUGCCAGUGUUUUUACUGCAAUUUACUUUAAGCUGCCCAUUGAGAACAUCAUUUCAAUCGUGUCCUCUCACUGUUGUUUUUUAGUUUGCUAUUUAUUUUGUUUAGUAUGUUUUCAGAAUUGUUUCUUUAGGUUUAUUUAUUGGCGCUUUUAAUACUUCUCAAAAUAUUUUUUUCAUAUAAAUGUUUCUUUCAGUUCAUAUUUAUUUGGUUGAAUAAUGCAAGGCAUGAUGAAUGUCACAAACCUGACAUAGUCAUGUUUGCUAUUUGAUGCAUUUAGAACUUUAUUUGACAAACCAAUUGACCAUCUGAUAAUCAAUAACUGAAUUUGAUGUUUUUAAAUGUUUCACAUAGAGAAAGUUUGGAAACUGGUUAUUGGCAAAGCAACGAUUCUAUCAUGUAAUGACUUCAUGUCCUUGUUUGUUUGCUUAUUUAUGACAGCAUUGCUCUUUAUUUUGCUGGAUAAGUUGUCUGCUUGCAUUUGCCUUUGAAUUUCUUCGUCUUUGCACCUUGGUGAAGGGUCUUUGGUGAACACAAGCAUUAUUUAUUGUGGUCCGUUGCUUGAAUAGACAAUGAAUUGUAAAAGAAUGCCUUUUUGCUUAGUCUGAUGUAACUGUGCACCCUGAUAAUAAAAACGAUGUUCACUAAA